UCUAGUCUUUCUAUAUAAUCUCUAUAAGUAUCUACUCUUUCUCUUCCUCAUCGACUGCUUCCGCUGCCAACUCUGCUCGGCCAUCGUGAACCGAGCAGCACAGCUUCCACCUCCAACUCUGCUCUCCUGCUCUUGCCGCGCUACCGAGCUUCUCCAUUUUAUCUGUCCUGGGCUCCCGCCUCCGUGAAAGCUACAGAAGACAACCAUUUCCUGCCUUUUUUCGGCUAUCGUGAACCGAACGGCACCUCUUUCGCUGUCACUCUGCUCUCCUACGUUUUGUGCCCUUUUUCCAGGAUUACCCAUGCAGGCGCCAUAGCGCGGCAAGCAUGGAGCCCGCUCAGAUCUCUGCUGCAGUUUUGACUAUUGCAAAUACCUCGUGCAUUAUCCAGCAGUAUGUGCAGUACCUGCAAAACCAGGCAAGGAAGCAAUGACAGCGUGAUUACGAUAGUGAUGAGGACAUGGACACAGACGUUCCUAGAAGCACGGCAUGUGGUGAUUGGGAGAUCAUGGUGGCGUUGGGCCAGGUUCAUGCUGUGGAACGCCGAUUCUGGGCCCGGGAAACAAGCACAGACUGGUGGGACCGCAUAGUGUUUCAGAACUUGAUUCACCGCACUUUAUAUGACAUCAAAUUCUGGUACUGGAAGAGAGAAGCUGACCUACUGAAUAAACCAUGUCUCAGGCUGUGCAGACCAAUGGAACUCAACCUUUAAGCAAAACAUGGGAGCUCAGUUUAUAUGAAUUACAGAGAACACCUCAGGAAGCAAUAACUGAUGGCCUGGAAAUAGUGGUGUCACCUAGAAGCCUGCACAGUGAACUGAUGUGUCCCAUUUGUUUGGAUAUGUUGAAAAACACCAUGACAACAAAGGAAUGCUUGCAUCGUUUCUGUGCUGACUGUAUCAUUACAGCUCUCAGGAGUGGAAACAAAGAGUGUCCCACAUGUCGUAAAAAGCUUGUUUCUAAAAGAUCACUGAGACCAGAUCCGAAUUUUGAUGCCCUCAUCAGUAAAAUUUACCCAAGUCGUGAUGAAUAUGAGGCUCAUCAAGAGAGAGUUCUAGCAAGGAUCAGUAAGCACAAUAACCAGCAAGCUCUGAGCCACAGCAUUGAGGAGGGAUUAAAGAUUCAAGCAAUGAACAGGCUACAACGAGGAAAGAAACAACAGAUUGAGAAUGGCAGUGGAGCAGAGGAUAAUGGUGACAGUUCACACUGUAGCAAUGCUUCAACACACAGCAAUCAGGAAGCAGGGCCUAGUAACAAAAGAACCAAAACAUCAGAUGAUUCUGGGCUAGAAUUGGACAAUAACAAUACAACUGUGGCAAUAGACCCAGUAAUGGACGGUGCUAGUGAAAUAGAAUUAGUCUUCAGGCCCCAUCCUACACUCAUGGAGAAUGAUGACAGUGCACAGACCAGGUAUAUAAAGACCUCGGGCAAUGCCACAGUUGAUCACUUGUCUAAGUACCUAGCUGUGAGGUUGGCUUUGGAGGAACUUCGGAGCAAAGGAGAGUCAAACCAGAUGAAUCUUGACACAGCCAGUGAGAAGCAGUAUACAAUUUACAUUGCUACGGCCAAUGGCCAGUACACUGUAUUAAAUGGUUCCUUUUCCUUGGAGCUGGUCAGUGAGAAAUACUGGAAAGUGAACAAACCCAUGGAACUCUACUAUGCACCAACAAAGGAACAUAAAUAGGCUUUGCGAGAAGGUUUGGAGAGAGGACUCUAAUUUUUAUAGCUAUGAUUUCUUUAAUAUUAAGGAGACACCACCGUCAUCUUCAUGGACAGUACUUGGGAUGUCUUCAGACUACUCACAGAGCAUACUUCUUAUUAUAAUUAGAUGGUAUUCUGGGUUUUAUUUUUAAUUUAAUUUUUUCCCCAGGGGACUGAAUAACCUUCUCCAGUGCAUUCCAUUGUUAUCAAAGAUAUGCUUUUUUUUAUUCCCAGUUUAUGGUAUCAGAUCAAGCAAAGGUUCCAGCAUGGAAUGUCUUAACUUAGUCCAGGAAAAGCUGUUGGUCUGCUAAUAUGCUUGACACAAUUAUACCAGCCCUUAGGUGAAAUAUCGAGGGUCUAAAGUAGUCAAUGGUGGUAGUCAAUAGUAGCAGAUGUUGUGGGAGUAUGGUAAUGGUGGUGAUUUGCUAACUACUGUCACUAUAAAAGAUGUUGAAGAAUUCAAUUCUGAUAACAGCAUACCAUUUUGGCUCCAAGGUAUUUACAGUAGUAAUCUGAUUCCUUGAAAGACUUGGAUUAUUGGUAAUAGUCCAGGUAAGUUUUCAGUAGACCAAGAUGAAGGAUUAAGGGAAAAAGUUCUGACACUUUAAAAAAUCUUGCUACCUGCUGGAUUUCAUUAAUUUCAGUAUCAGAAAGAAAUUAUAUUAAAAAAGGAAACCUUCCCCCCCCACCCCCGGGUAGUCCCUGUGCACUCUCUAAUUUCUGGUCUUUGACUCCUGUUGCAGAAUUAUCCUGUGCACAUGUGCUUGGCAGAUAACAUUUUAUUGUACAAAAUCUUCUCAGACAAUUCUAAAGUCCUGGUAUAUUCAGUGUAAUGGCAGACUUUAUUGUGGAAAUUAUCAUAGACUUUGCUGUAAAGGAUUCUCUUCCUUGGAAAUACAAUUUUGCAACAAAAAUCCCCUUUUAAAAUUCCAGCAUGAUGGCAUUGUGUUGCAGCGAGACUAUCUUAUUUUAUAGCACUCUAUCCACACCAGUUGUGAGCUAUAACUGUAGUUCAUCACUGAGGGAAAGAACUGCUUCAACUACAAACUCUUCUAAGUAUUAUGUUUUAGCCAAAGCUUUAACAAAUAUGGCUUAGCACUUUGGAAGAAAAUGUGUUAGUACUUGACAGGUUUACCAUUUAGUGUCUUACAGUAGGUUUAUUUUUUUUAAAACUUGGCGGUUGGCUGCUGUGUGACGUUUUGCAUUUACCAUUCAUCUGCAUGUUAAACUGGUGGGUUUUUUUUUUCUGGGGUGAACCCUGCCUUCACCUAGUGGUGAUGCUUUGCUGCAGCUAAAGAGAAUACGCAAUGUUAGGGAAAUAGCACAGUGAUGUUCUCUUUGCUCUAAGGUUUUAUCAGUACAGCCUUCCUGUCUCUAGUUUAGAAGCUGAAAGUGAAAAGACCCUUAAAGCAGGUGAGGAAUAUUACACUUUAUCUUCUCCCUUCUUGUCUUGCUCACAGUUAAGAUGGAUGAGUUUCUAAAGUAUAUGCGAUAUGUAUACUUUCAAAUCCCUAGGUUUCUGUUGGAAAGGAACAAGCCUUCCACUACUCCUUGUCAUUCAAAUCUAACAUUUGUAAAUAUAUGUCCAUUUUGACAGCUGUUGUGGGUCAGUUUCAUCUCUAUAUGAAAAAUUCAUAGGCUUCUUGAAUAACUUUUAAUAUUUCUUUUUGUUAUCUAAAAUGUUUUUACUACUCUUUUUGUAAUCUGUGCCAUGAAACUGACAUUUCCAGUCACCAAGCAUAUUGGAGGGCGAGGGUUUAUUUUCAAAUGUUGUUUUAUUCAGUAUUACUUGGUGUAAUGUUCAAUUGUAUAGAUUACUAGUGCAUGUCCACUAAAUAUAAUCCUGUUUUUGUGAUACUUAGAUUUUAUGGAGAAACUUCUAGGUUAGCUGCAGCAGAAUGGCAAAUUCUGUGUGUGAUAUCUAAGAAUGUUUAAGGAGCAAAGGAGUAUUUGUGAAGCUGAGCUGUUUCUGUCUAGAGAAUGUCUUUUUUUUGUCCACAGUUUAAAAAAGUGUGGAAGAAUGUGAAACUUAUUUUCAUGUCAUAGUGAAUUUACUAAAUAUUUAUGUUCUUUAAAAAUAUAUAUUAUGUAGGUGUUUGAUUAUACCAUUGAUGCACUGUGACUUUUUAGUGCUAUAAACAAUUUUACUUUUCAAAACAACUUUCAUACUGCCUUCCUGUUUAGCUAGAUAUUCAUUUUUGGUACCUUGUGCUUGUUAGGUAUGGUAAAUUGAACAGUUAUAAUAUCUGAAAUUCAAGUCCUACCUAACAUCUCACAUUUGUCAUAAUAAAGCAAAAAUGCUGUGAACACAAUACUGUAAAUUCAAUCACUUCCUGUUAGUCUACAAAAGAAACCAUUUGCAUUAUAAAUCCACCAGUACAAUCUAGCACUGCCUAACACCACUAUUGUAUGUGCAGUUUUCUAGACAGAGGGCUGGGAGAUGCAUCUGCUUUCGGGAUACACGUGCCAACACCACACAGUGGAAUCUGGUGCCUCAGUUUCCGCCGCAAACUUGUAAGGCCUCAUUUAAAGUCCAUUGAAAUCAGUUGAAAAAUUCCCAUUUACUUCAGUGGGUUUUGGAUCAGGGCCUUAGCAGGGGAUGUACAUGUGGGAUAACACUAGCUAAUGUCAAACUUUUUCAGUGGCUGCCAUGGCAUGUAUAACAAGUUAUUCUGUUGGGUGGGACACAAAAUAAUUAUCAUUCAAACAGUGAUAUGAAAAGACGACGUUUGGUUUGGUAUGCCCUACUUGGGAACCCCAGCAAAAUCAGUUUUUAUGCAUGGUGAUUUAUGUGUGUGCUAAUGACCUUCCCAACAUAAAUGGAGACAGAAGACUUGGAAUAUGUGGAGUAGGAUCAUAGCAUUGGGGUUGAACUUUUAUAAAAAUAUGCAGUGUCAAGUUUUACAACUGCAGCUAUAUUUGAGGAUAAAUGUAUUGUAAGAUAAGUAGUUUUAUUCACUUACCAGAAAAGUGGUAUUUGAUAAAGUCUAAGAUGAAACUAUAUUGUGCACUCUAAACCUCAGCCCUUCGUUAUAACACAACUUAGCGCUGGAUCAAACAUCAAGCCAUGAUUAUACUGAAUAUAAAAUAUCUCCCUCUCCUUAUCCCUUUCAUAGAAAAACAUAAUUAGGAUUUCUCUUUCCUCCCACUGUUUAGGGUCAAGAAAUGUCUAGGGCUAUUUUGAUGAGAAGAAAGGUGUCACAAUUUGUGGGAUAUAAUGGUUUGCAGAUGCUUUGUGCUUUCAGCUGUCCUCCAACAUACAUUCCAUGUUGUUUAGGUGUUUGUUUUUAAAUUAUCUAUACGAACAAUAAAAGUUUGAUUUUUGGUGGGUAUCUGUGCUGGGACCACAUCGGGGAUGGUCCAGAUUCUUUUCUGCAGUACUACUGCCUAUCUGGUUAUUCUCCAUUUUGUAUUUGUGCACUUGAUUUUUCCUUCCAAAGUGUAUUGAAUUUCAUCUUGUUGAUUUCAGACCAAUUCUCCAAUUUAACAAGGUCAUUUUGAAUUCUAAUCCUGCCCUCCAAAGUGCUAGCAACCCCUUGCAGCUUGGUGUCAUCUGCAGAUUCUAUAAGCAUACUCUCCCAGUAUUUAUCCAAGUUAUUAAUGAAUAUACAGAAUGGGACCAGACUCAGGUGACAGACCCUUUGGGACCCCAUUAGAUAUGUCCUCCCCGGUAUGACAGCAAACUACUGGUAACUACUUUGUGAGUACAAUCUUUCAACUAGUUGUGUAUCUCCAUGUAAAAAGGGGCGUGCAUCUCCCCCCUUCUGACAGGGCGGGAGGCUGUGCUGCUUCGCUUUUUCUCAAGCAGGGUGCAGCUCCCAGCUAGUGAGUCCACCUGGUGAUUAAUCCAUUCUUUUCCUUAGAAACAUGAAGUCUAUCAUUUUGUGAUCACAUUCACCCCAUUGCCUUCAAUCUUCAGAUUUGCAACCAAUUCCUCCCUGUUAGAAUCAAGUCGAAAAUCCACCUUCUUAAACAGAAAGUUGCCCCAAUACACUCUAAGAACUUACUGGACAUUUUGUGUUUUGCUGUAUUACUUUUCCAUGAAUACAUACAACCGAAAGCUAAUUUGUACUUCUGAGACUUGCUGAACCUUGGCAAGUUAAACUAAAGAUUAUGCAUUAAGGAGCUAGUUGACUACAUGCCAGAUUUGCUUCAGCAACAAGAUUUGGAUAUUGAGUGUUAAGAUAGAGGUAUACACAACCUGUUCUCCUAAUCUUUGCAGUUAGUUUGUCAACUUUAAAAUCAUAUUUCUGCCUGAAAUUGGUUUCAGUUCAGUGGUGUUGGAUUUCUUUAACUGAAAGAUUAGAAACUUUUAUUUUGCCAGUUUGUUUGCUUUGCAUUUGACAACUUCCUGGUUUGUCAGUUUAACUGUAUAUUCAAGUUGCUCUGUUGGUGUGAGACUCUUCCACAGCAACAGAGAUUAAAAACAAGAAUGAGGUUUGAAAGCUCCAAUAAGGCCAGUAUUUAGUUAAAAGGACAUUCAAUUUGAAACCUUGUCAACUUAAAAAAAAAUUGAGCUAAGUAAUUCCAGGUUCUACAGCUGCUGUACAGACCCCAUGUCACUUUUAAUGGAAUUUUCUUUUUCUUAUAAAAAAAGAAAAUUUUUGUGUGAACUUUAGCAUGAAGUAAGUGGGUACUUUGUGGAAGAUUUCUCUGGUGCCUACACUGAAAUUGCUUUUUCUCCAGCAGCAGUAAGUCAUGCAUUAUUCUCUCCCUCUGUGUUCCCAGUCCUAUUAGACUAGUUCAUGUACUUUAUGCUAAACCUCACACCACUAGUGUUUAUUUUGUGGAUUUCUGAAAGAAGAUUUUUCUUCUAUAAAUCAAAGAGCUACAUGACUAGUCUUACAGCUUGGCAAGGCCUGAAAGUGCUAUGUAUCACAAAUACCCUAUCUUGUAGAACUGAGUGGCACAGAACGGCUGAGAAGGAAGUGAUAGAGUGGUUCUGUGAGAGGAGGGGGCCGUAGCGGCUGUGAAAACCCGUAUCUGAAAGUGUAUGUAUACUACUUAUGCUUUGCUGGCAGAACUAUGCUGGCAGAACCCCCUACUGGAGAUAUAGCAUAAACUGACAUGACAGGAGGAGUUCUGCUGGUAUAGCUAAGCCACGAGGGAAAUGACAUUAGCUAAGCCGUCAGAAACUCUCUUCUGGCUGCAUGGGGGGAGUUUCUUUUGGCACGCUUAUGUUGGUUUUUAGGGGGUCUGAUUUUUUUCCCCUCAAUCUCCUUGCCAAUAUAUAGCUAUGUUGCCAAAACUUCAUAGACUAAGCCUGAAUCUAAAAUUAUUACCCUUGCUGUAUGGAAGAUCCUGUUUUAAAAGCAGUAUAAGACAGUUGUUCCUAGAUCAGAACUAGCGAAUGACAGAAGUCUUGAACCAAACUCUUCAUUCCAACAGUUGGAAAAACCCACACGAAAAUGAACUGUAUGAUUUUAUGGCUGAAGUAAUUACAUAUUAACUUUUUAAAAAGGAAUGACUAUUUAUUAAAUGUGUUUUUUCAACACAUAUAUAUAUCACAAGAGAUGGUUCUAAUAGUGAAAAUAACCUGUUUAUGUACAAAUUUAAUCAUUGACUUGUAAAAGGAAUCUCACAAGCAGGUUAAAUUAGAUAACUGACUAGAGUGUAGAUGUAUUGACUUAAUCAUCAAAUAGUACUGGUGACAAUUUAAAUGCAGGAUGAGUUAAAUCCUGGUGAAUUAACUCUUUGCCACUCAGUCCUCUCUCCCCAAUAGCUUGCCAGAUUUUUCCUUUAUUACCAGCAGGUAAUUGUUAUUUUGUUCAAAGUAGCUAAUUCACUUGAAAUAUAUAGCUAUGUAGAGCUAAAUAUAAAAA